AUGGCCUCUCUUCUUCCCCCGCUCCUAUUGCCCACGCUACAGCCUUCUCUUUCACUCACUUCCCUCUUUUUUUUCACCGACUCCUCCUCCACCGAGAUAUUCUUGUCUUUCAUUCACUUCUGCUCUUACCCCACUCUCUGCUUGAACUCGGAUAUCUCACCCACACCAAAACGCCCCUCCCUAACUUUUUCUAAGACAAUCAUUUCUUUGCAUUCAGUUUUGCUUUUCAGCUCUCUCUCUCUCUCUCUCUCUCUCUCACCCUCUCGUUCAUACCCACCUCUCUCUCUCUCUGUCAGUUAUCUAUCUAUCUAUCUAUCUAUCUAUCUAUCUAUCUAUCUAUCUCAGUCUAUUCAUAUCUAUCUAAAUCAGUCUCUAUCUAUCUGUCUAUCUACUGUUCAUAUCUAUCUAAAUCAAUCUAUCUAUCAAGUUGUUUAUAUCUCUCUAUCUAUAUUCAUAUAUAUUUACCUAUCUAUCUACUUCAGUCUGUUUCUAUCUAUCUAUCUAUCUAUCUAUCUCUCUAUAUGUGUCACCCAUCGCCUUCCCGAACAAACAUUUCAUUUUCUUUUACAUCCUAACAAGCGUAAAAUAAUCAUUUUCAUUACAAGCAAAAUAUUCGACAAUCCUUCAUUUCGACAAUGA